AUGCCGUCUGAUGUCGGCGAUUACGUCUAUCAGGGAUAUUACACCGAUUCUCCCGUCACGGGCCAGCACAGUUUAACGGGCAAAUUUACUUACGACCCGGCCAUGACGCUGGAGAAAUGCCGCUUGAGCUGCGAGGGGGAUGGAUACCCGUGGUUUGGCGUCGAGUAUGGCACUCAGUGUUUCUGCGGUACUAGGCUCUACGAUCGCGAUAUUAUCGAUGACGGUAACGACUCCGACUCCGACUCCGACGAGUUCUACCUCAAACGAGCAUUUGCAGUGUCAGAUAGACAAUGUUCCAUGCGCUGCGGCGGAGACGCGACGAACAGUACGACCUGCGGCGGCGCCAACAGACUCUCAGUCUACUGGAACACCGAAAUCAGUCUUGCACGCAACCUGCGCGAAGCGGACUUCGCGCUGAUGACACCACCCUUGGUUGACUGGGACUACCUCGGUUGUGUGUGGGAUGAUACGCUGUUCAGAACCCUAAGCGGCACAAUCUCGACGAGAGCCGAUAUGACUGUCGAGUGGUGCACGAGGUAUUGCAGCAACGCGGGGUACGAGUUUGCUGGGCUGGCGUUCCAGACUGAGUGUUAUUGCGGAAGGGAGGAGGACGUGAUGGCUGUUUUUGAGGGUGAGGAUGAGGACGAGAUAGUGGUUGAUAAUAGCCAGUGCGAGGAGCUGUGCGCGGGUGAUGAAGAGGAAUUCUGUGGAGCGCCGAGGAGGUUGAGCUUGUAUGGGCGUGUGGUGAUUUAA